AUGCGUCACGAGAAUAAGAUAGUUAAUACAAGGAAAGUUUGUCUUUCUUCAACAAUGUUAAACAGUGAAAAACCAAUAGUAUAUUCAUUAACCAAUGAUAAUAUGUUACAUAGAAGUUAUAAUUUGGAAUCAGGGGCAUAUCAUGUAAAGAGAUAUUGUGUGACAGUAUCACAAUCACAGGGGUUUAUGUGGAAUCAAGAUCUUUUUGCUAAUCAAUAUCAACAAAACUACAGAGUCGAAUAUGAUUCACUUGCAAAUGAAAAUAGAGAUAACGAUGAUGAGGAUGACAUGUCUAACGUUAAUAAGAAUGACUAUCUUUAUAAGUAUGGAAGAGUGAGACGUAAAUCAGAGAAUUGUAUAAGUUUGACCUAUGAAUCACAAAAUGGUACAACAUUAACGACUAUAGUUGAUGAAAUUGAAAUUGAUUCUGAUACACCAGAAAAUUUAUAUAUUAGAUCAUUAGUACAAUAA